CUUAAAAAUCCCCAAAAAAUAUAUACAAACAUAUUUCGCUAAAGUAUAUUUAAACGGCAGCUACUUUGACGCCAAUUAGCUGGAUAGAGAGGGUGUUGCUGAGGUACAGGCAACGGGUGGCUGGUGAGACCACCCGCUCCCUAUCAAUGGCCCGUAUCAUCAAUCAAAGGCUUUGCAGGUGUAAAGCACCCAAAAUAGCGACGCCGUCAUCGUAGACGGUGCCCUGCCCGCAGCGAUAAGCGAGCAUAUAAACAAACCAUACAUCAAUGUCAGAUUACACGGCCAACUUUCGGUGACUUUAGGUGGAAAUUUGGCUACUUUUUGUCAGUCGGGCGUUGGCAGAGACAUGGAAACUGCUACUAUUAUCACGCUGCUGGUGCUGGUCCCAAGGAUAUGCCUGGGGUCAGUAGAUGAAAAGCCCAAGACUGUGGAGAGCCUGCUCUCCUACCUGCAAACCAAUGAAUCCAUAACCAAACAAUGCUUCGCCCACUACUUGCCACAGUUGGAGAACGAGGGGGCCACCUGGUCGAAGAGCUACAGCGGCUGCCUGAAUAACGCCACUAGUGAGCGCCAGUCGGUGGCCACGAAUGUCGGUGUGGAGCAGAAUCAAAUCCGGGAGGCGGCCAUGGGUAUCAGUGCAUUUAUAGACCACUGUCUAGGUAUAUCCAACGCCUUGGACUUCUUCAACUGCUUUGCCAAAAUGUCCAAGCAGCAGUUGGCCACUGUGUACACCAUUUCAUACAACGCCUCCGCGGAUGCUCUCAGCCUGACACAGCAAUUGGGCACGAUCGAUGUGGAGCACUACCUGUGCACGAAUCGCACCGAGCACAGCUAUGUGGUGGGAACGGACCGGAUCUUUCGAGAACUGGACCAAUGCCUGCAGAAAAAUGAGGAACAUUAAAGUUUGGGCUAGGCUACCGCACAGAUGUGUGCUCUUUAAUCU